AUGAAACAUACAAAGAAGAUGAUUAUGGUUCCUGAAAGUGAAUAUCUUGCACUUCUAAGCAUGAUUAAAGGCGGAGAUUUUCUUCAAAAUGAAAAGGUACAAACCGACUCAAAGAUUAAACAGACUCUUACUGAUCCAAAUUUAAGUGAAGAUGUAAAAGCCCAAAAAUAUAAUUGGUUAUAUAAAAAAAGAAGACAACUCAAACACGAAUUAGAAAAUAGGCCUCAAAAGGUGAUAAUCGAUGAAACAGCAAGAGCUCCAGAAGUUGCUCCUUAUCUAAAGGAAACUGCAGCCCCUAAAACACAGUUACAACCUGUAAAAUCAAGUUCAGAAUAUCAAACAGAUUCAGAAUUUACAUCGCCAAAACUAAUGAAAAGAAGAAAAACAACAACUUUUAAUGGAAUUAUUUCAAAAAGAUAUUCGAAGGAUUUAGAAAAUUAUGUCAAAGAUAAUGCUGAAAAAUUUAGAAUACGUAAGAAUGGAAGCUUUGAAUCUAAUGUCAAAGGAAGACUUGUAAAGAAUAGUAAUUUCACUCAAGUGCUCGAAUAUGUACAAGGUGAUAUAUCGUCACCCCCUAAAGGUUUUAGUUUUCUAUUUAAUCGAUUAUCCAAAGACCCAUUAGUAAAAGAAAUGAUCAAAGAGACGCAAGGAGAAAGUAGUACUGAGGAAAGUUCUGGUAGUCAAUCAGGUAGCGGGAAAAGAAAGAAAAGAGUUUUAGUAAAAGUCCUGCCUAUAAAUUUGCAAAAGAAAAAUAAAUUUAUUCCACAAAUAUGGGAAAAGCUUUAG